AAAUUUGCUCAGACGAUGAUAUUCGCUAUCAAUGAGAUCAACAAAAACCCUGACAUGCUCCCUCAUGUCAAACUGGGCUACAAGAUCUAUGACGACUGUGGAACCAUGGACAUUCUGAGGGCUGCGCUGGCGUUGGUGAGUGGAUUCAAGAGAGAAGUCAGCGAUGAAAAGUGUACAAAAAUUGAGACGGUACAUGCUAUCCUGGGUCAUUCAGGCUCCAGGCCAACCAUUGCAUUUGCACCAAUUGUGGGACGUUUCCAUGUUCCAGUGGUCAGCCAUUUUGCCACUUGUGCCUGUCUCAGCAACAGAAAAGAGUAUCCAACCUUUUUCAGAACCAUUCCCAGUGACUACUACCAGAGCCGAGCCUUAGCAAGGCUGGUCAAGCACCUGGGUUGGAUGUGGAUUGGAGCCAUAGCUGUGGACAAUGAAUAUGGCCUCAGUGGCAUCGCUGCAUUCAUACAGGCUGCACAAGAAUAUGGUGUCUGCAUUGAGUAUUCAGAUGCCUUUUCAUCUUCUGGUCCACCUGAGGAUCUGCAGAGGGUGACAGACAAAAUACAAAGCGCUACUUCUAAAGUGAUUAUGGCCUUUAUGUCUCAUAGAGAAAUUAAACUGCUAGCAAAGGAGCUGUUCAUCCGGAACGUUACAGGUCUGCAGUGGGUUGGCAGCGAUGCGUGGAUCACAGAUCACUCCCUGACUGACAGCGAGGGUCACAGUGUCCUUGUGGGUUCACUGGGCUUCGUUGUCAGCAGGGCUGAGAUCCCCGGGCUCGAGGAGCACCUGAGAGGGCUCCAUCCCUCACAGUUCCCACACAGCCAGUUUGUGCAAGACUUUUGGGAGAACGUGUUUGACUGCUCACUGAACGAAACUGCAAACAGGCAACAAAAGCCGUGCAGCGGUCUCGAGAGCCUGCAAGACGUCCAGUCGCAAUACACUGACGUAUCCGAGCUGAGGUUCAGCAACAAUGUGUACAAGUCAGUCUACUCUGUGGCCCACGCUCUUGACAACCUAUUCAUGUGUGAAGAAGGGAGAGGGCCCUUUUCCAAUGGGAAUUGUGCCGAUACUGCACACAUUCAGCCAUGGCAGGUCCUGCAGUAUAUCAGCAUGGUCAACUUCACCACUCCGGAAGGGGAAAGAGUUUAUUUUGACGGCAAUGGCGACUCCCCAGCCAAAUACGAACUGGUCAACUUACAAAUGAAAGGCCGAGGAACCAUGGAGGGAGUGACAGUGGGCAUUUAUGAUGCUUCCCUGGCAGAGAGUCAUCAGUUUAUCAUGAGUGACAUUCCAGUCGUCUGGGGUAACGGGCACUCCGAGGUGCCUGUGUCAGUGUGCAGUGAGAGUUGUCUUCCAGGAACCCGCAAAGUCCUUCAGAAAGGACGUCCAGUUUGUUGCUAUGACUGCAUUCUCUGUCCCGCAGGAGAGAUCAGUAACAUGACAGAUUCUAUUCACUGUAUGAAAUGUACUUCAGAGUUCUGGUCUAACAAGAACAGAGAUGCCUGCAUCCCAAAGGAAAUAGAGUUCCUAACCUAUGGAGAGUUACUGGGAACUCUUCUAGCCUUGUUUUCUUUGCUGGGAGUGUUCCUAACCACAAUGGUAACUUUAGUCUUUUACUGCCACAAAGAAACGCCGCUCGUACGAGCCAACAACUCUGAGUUGAGUUUCCUGCUGCUCUUCUCCUUGACCCUUUGCUUCCUGUGCUCCCUAACCUUCAUUGGCCGACCCACUGAAUGGUCCUGCAUGCUGCGCCACACAGCGUUCGGCAUCACCUUUGUGCUUUGCAUCUCAUGUGUUCUAGGGAAAACCAUACUGGUGUUGAUCGCCUUUAAAGCGUCGCUUCCAGGCAGUAAUCUAAUGAAGUGGUUUGGACCCACACAGCAUAGACUCUGUGUUGUGGCAUUCACUCUUAUACAGGUGGUCAUAUGCAUACUUUGGUUAACCAUCAGCCCUCCUUUUCCAUUCAAAAAUAUGUUACUUUACCAAGACAGAAUCAUCUUAGAGUGCCAUUUGGGCUCUGGUCUGGGCUUCUGGGCUGUUCUGGGCUACAUCGGAGUGCUAGCCAUUUUAUGUUUUGUCAUUGCUUUUUUAGCGCGAAAGCUGCCGGAUAAUUUCAAUGAAGCUAAAUUCAUCACUUUCAGUAUGUUGAUAUUCUGUGCUGUCUGGAUCGCCUUCAUCCCAGCAUAUAUCAGCUCUCCCGGCAAGUUCACUGUCGCUGUGGAGAUAUUUGCUAUUCUGGCCUCCAGUUACGCACUGCUUUUUUCCAUUUUUAUGCCAAAGUGCUUUAUAAUUAUGUUUAGGCCUGAGAAGAACACUAAGAAACACAUCAUGGGAAAGUCAAAUAAUCAAAGAUGA